GAUCUCAAUACCCUCAUAAAAUAUAGUUUUGCGUAGACGAAGGGUAAGUGAUGUGAACAGUGCAUGUAACCGUGGAAACCGCUGUUAUUCGCUGAUACGCUAUUUCAAUUGUUAACACAUCCUAAAUAGUAUACGUAAUAUUUUCCCCUUUAUAACUUCUUGUGGAACAAAAUCUUGGAUCAUAUAUUGUGGUUUUUCUCAUUACAGGUAUUCAAAGUCAACAUCUCAAUAUGUCAUCAGAAGACUCAAGUAGUUGUCCGAAACAAAUGCCUGCUCAACGACCUGUUUCCUCAGAAUCAGAAUCACUAGAUCUCUUGUGCGGUAUCAGAAAGCCUGUUAUUCACAAUAUGGUAUCUACUGUAGACUUGGGAUGUCCUAUUGAACUGAGGAAGCUAGUACUUCAUGUUCGUAGUGCUGAAUACAAUCCACGCAGAUUUCCUGGUGUAGUUAUACGUUUACGUGAGCCCCGUGUAACUUGCCUAGUGUUUGGCACUGGUCGUAUGGUAUGUACUGGUGCACGAUCUGAAAUGGAGGCCAAUUUAGGCUCGCGGAAAUGUGCACGUAUCAUACAAAAACUUGGAUUUGAUGUGAAAUUCAUGAAUUUUACAAUCCAAAAUAUGGUUGGUUUAGCUGAUUUAAGAUUUCCUAUCCGAUUAGAAGGCGUACAGCUGGCAAAUGAACAGAUGACACAAUAUGAACCUGAAAUAUUCCCAGCCUUAAUCUACAGAAUAAUUAAACCUCGUUUAGUAAUGCUUAUAUUUGUAAAUGGGAAAAUCGUUAUGACUGGUGCGAAAUCCCGUGAACAUCUCUAUGAGGCAUUGAACAAUGUAUAUCCUAUUUUGUACAAUUAUCGUAAAGUUAACUAACAACUACAACUGAGUGUAUGCUGAUCUUGCUUUUUUGUCUUCUUUGUGACUUAUUAUUUUUCUUCCUUGUAUAUUUUUAUAUUACUUCAAUGUUUACAAACUUUCAAAAGAGAAAACCCUGUAUUACUUCCUAAUUUGUCUUAUUUGAAAUCAUUAUGUAAAUAACAAACAACUUUUUCUUAUUACUACUGUAUACUCUUUCUAAUCCACUG